GUUAUGGUACAUUUUCAUUAUGCCUAAAUCGUUGUUACUUCAAAUAAUGACAUUAUUGAAUUGUUUUUGGUUGGUGUAAACUAGCGGAUAUGACGUUCAGUCUGGUGAACACGCUUUGCAGAUGUAAACUUGUCGCGUUCAUGUGCUAGUCGGAACCAGGAAACUCAGAAAUGUCCGGCUUGCUGACUGGUUGAAAGCGGCACGUGUAUAUAAGUACAACCAAUACUUGUUAUAGUCGGAAAUUUCAGAGUUUCCUAGUUACGACUAUCACGUGAACGCGGCAACUGGAGCAGAAACACACACACGUGUUGUAGCCGUUCUUAUUAUACCUCAGUGGUCGUAGCUGGACAAACAUUUAUACAAAAUAAUUUAAUCGACAUAACGUUGAAGAAGAGGCGCCACCUACAUCAUGAGUGAUUUUGGAAGCUACCCUCCGCCGAACUUUGUCUCUCCUCCUCCGGGUUCGAUGGUGAGACCGCCAACGUUCCUUCCACCACCUAGCAACUUCCAGCCCGGUAUGUGGAACUGGUACGAACCACCGUCCGAGCCGUGGAGAUACAACGGCCAGGGAGAACACUGGAACGGCGGGCCCGGACCAGGUCGACCCAGAGGCUCAUAUGGCCAGAACUUCCAUCGUGGACAUGGAGGCGGAAGGCAGGACUAUGGUCGUCCCAACAACCACGGGAAAAAGAAAAAUAAAAAAGAGCCAGAGUUUUCACAUUUCUGUGACCCGUGUGACCGAGGCUUCAAAAACCAAGACAAGUACGCCAACAUGUCUCUGAACAUGUCAAGGUAACUGAUUCUCAUCGAAUGAUUCUGAUUUGACUUGAGG